UCUGAGGCCUGUGCCACUGAGCAUGCGCAGUAAGUGCAGCGUUUCCUGGUCCGGGCUGUCACAUGACCAGAGGAACGCUUAGAUUCCGGAUGAUCAUCUUCACGCGCUUCUACCAAGUGGCGGUAAAGUCCGGCUGACAUGGCAGGCUGAGCUUGUAAGAACAAUGUCGCUCCAAGCUCCUCGCAUGUCAGCGUUCACGUUUCAGUCGGCAGUGCACAGCGCCCACGUUCUCUCGUGUCUGAACGACCAGAGGCAGCAGGAUGUCCUGUGUGACGUGACGGUGGUGGUGGAGGACAGGAGUUUUCGGGCCCACUGCUCCGUCUUGGCCUCCUGCAGUGAAUACUUUCACAGCCGAGUCACCAGUGUCAUCAGACAGAAUCCCAUCAUCACUUUGCCUGAAGAGGUGACCGUGGAGGGGUUUGAACCUCUGCUCCAAUUUGCCUACACAUCAAAGCUGCUCUUCACCAAAGAAAACAUUCAUGCCAUUCACAGCAGUGCUGAGUUUUUAGGAUUUCAAGACUUGGAGUCAGCGUGCUUUGAUUUCCUCAUCCCAAAGUUUUCUGAAGGCAAAAGGACCUCAGAGGAGGUCAGCCGUCGAGCCUGCUGUAAGAGCCGGGAUCCCAGCACCAGUUUUGGCUCCUGUGUAGAGAGCAGCCAACCAAAAUCAUUUGAGCCUCACAGCUCGGUGCCUUCAGAAGGAGAUGAGCAAUCAGUCUUCCCAUCACAGUGUCCUCAGACAGCACAGAGUCAGACGAAUAACGGGGAAGAAAACCUCUGUCUGGAGAACUGCGGGCCACAAAUGGCCCCCUUAUCUCUGGAGUUGACAGCAAAUGGAGUGUGCCCCAUGUUGUCUUUGCCAUGCCCAGACUCCGACAAAGCAGAUCAUCCGUCUCAGUUUUGUGAAAGAGACAUUUUAGAGAUAGGAGACGUGUGUAAUCAAAGUGAGUUCAGUUUGGCAGACUGUGGCUUACCCUGUGAGCUGUCAACCCCUGGGCAUGUGGAUCCACCAGAGCUCAGUGAGCCAGCAGGCAGAGAUGUUAAACAGACUGUUGAGACACUCGGUGCUGAAACCAGCUGUAACCCCAGUUUGUGCCCAAUCAACACAUCAGGGGUAGAAAAUUGCAGUGGGUUAUUAGAGCCGAGUGAGGUUGGCCUUGAACAGAGAUUGACAGGUGAUCUCUCAGACCCGGCACUAACUGCUUUAAACCACGAGGAGGGAUUUGGGGAGAGGAGCAGUGUGGAGAGGGAGGUGGCUGAACAUCUGGCAAAAGGAUUCUGGUCUGACCUAUGCCCGUCUCAAGGUCAACCCCUCCCCCUGGAUCCCAUGGACCAAAACAAUUUAGCAAAAGCAUCAGACUUUCAUUGGCUUAAGCAGCUGGACUUGAGCUCCAGUGCAGGAGACUGCCCUUUCCUCAGGGACCUUGGGACAGGUGAUGACCUCGCUCCACGCACUGACAGUUUGUCACAGACAGAGGAGAGCCCGUGCAUGUCCUCCUCAAUCAACUCUGGGGACGACUCAGACCUGGACACAGAUGGGGACACCGAGGCCAACAACAAAAGAGCUGCAGAGAUUCAGCUCCCAUUCCCAGUAGAGCAGAUCUCAGCACUGAGCCGGAGUGCCUUCCAGCAGCUUCUGAGAAACCAUCACCUGACUCCAGAUCAGCUGGAGUUUGUCCAUGAUGUCCGUCGACGAAGCAAAAACCGCGUGGCGGCACAACGUUGCCGAAAGCGAAAAAUAGACAGCAUACAACAUCUAGAAUGUGAAAUCAAACGAUUAAAAAGUGAGAAAGAGCUGCUGCUGCAGGAGCAAACUGAGCUGGCGCAAAACCUGGAGGAGAUGCGUCAGAGUCUGUGCGGGUUGUGUAAAAGUGUCAGCAUCGAGUCUGGUUCCGAUCAGGACCACUUGCAGCUUCUUACCAAGCUCUCCUCACCAGACUUCCCCGUCCCCUCUCCGAGUCACUUGGUCAAGGACGAGGAGUCCCACAUCACUAUCGAAAUGGUAAGUUGCUCCGCAGAGUGUGACCAGGACGGGUCGCCUGCAGACUCAGUUCAAACUACUGCACCAGAGGUUGGUACUCACACAAAGGAGGCAGGCUCUCCGCAGAGCUGUCCUGUUCCUGCAUCCUUUCUCAACGCUUGUCUGGACAUGAACAGCAGCUUGUAAUUGGACUCAAAUCCCUCUGUUGAUUGUGAUCAUGCAAGGCCACAGGCAGGAGGUGAACUUUCAGUAUAUACUGUUAUCCUCUUUUGGGAAAGACACACUUUCAUGUGUAUUUCACUGAAGAACUUUUCGACAUGCAUAAGUGUCACGUUCAGUUGCUGUAUUUCUAAUAUGCAAUUCACACAAAACCCAGUGUUUAUCACCGUUUCGAAGGUGCAGGCAAUUUUCAGGUAGUUCCCAAGAUGUAGCAAAUUAGCAGGACUAAUUAAUUAAGUUUCUCAGGGACACCCAUAACCUGACUGUGUUUUAAAUGCGAAAAUAAUUCUCUUUGCACAACCCCACCCUACUCCCCUCCUCAUACCCACGCAGACUUGAGAUGUUUCUCAGUUAAUUGGUCUGGCACACAUACUGUUUUAUUCAUCCGGUUAAUAUGCAAAGCACUAACAGAACUUUUGUUACCGUAAAUCUGAAGGAAACGGUACAGCUAAUAUAAUAUGUAUAGUUUAAAUGAAUAGCUGUCAGCUUACUCCAGUAUUCAUAGAAUGGUUGCAGAGUUUUGUAACGGAACCUUAAAUAUGGUAUUUGAUGCAAAAAUGUGCCUUAUGCAGUAUAAUAUGAAAAGAGAAAGAUAAAGGUAGUUUUUGUUAGUUCUUGUCUGGAGGACUGUUGCACAUUAACCCAAAGCCUGCAUUCUCUUAUGUCUACUUCUGUCUGCAUGUAUGAGUAUUUUUUGAGAAAUGCUUUCACAUAUACUUUCAAAUAAACAGCAUUUUGUUACCA